UCUGCACUGGCAGCCACUCCCACCUGUCCCUUGGGAAACUGUGUUCCAGAAUCCCUCACAGUGGGACGAGUUCAGGAGACUGAGGAGGCCACGGCCGUGGAUCUGGGUGCUCUGCUGGACGCCGGGGACGGCGCUGUGGUGACUCUGCUGGCCGGGGACACGCGGCUUGUGGCUCACAGGGCUGUCUUAGCCGCCAGGAGUCCCGUGUUUGCGGACAUGGUCCGUCGCGUCACUGUAGAGGGCAGCAGCAGCCAGCUCGUACUCUCGGACACAGAGGGUCCUGUGCUGCGCCAGGUGCUGGCAUACCUCUACACCCUGCAGGUGCCCCAGCUGCCCAGCAUGGCCCCACAGCUGCUGGUCGCCGCCGACGUAUACGGCCUGUCGGUACUGAAAGCGCACUGUGAGCAACAGGUGGUCGCCCAGCUGUCUGUCGAGACUGCGGCAGCUGCAGGUGUUAUCGCUAUUAGGCAUUCCGCCAACAGGCUGAAGCAGGCCGCUGUCGCCUUCAUAAAGGCCCACAUGCUCCGUGUGAUGGCGACGCAGGGUUGGACUGAGGCUGUAGUUAACGAUCCACAAACUGUUGUGGAGUUGACUCAUCUGAUUGCAGAGACACCGACAGACACCAGCACGCCAAGCGCUGGAGAGAGCAGGACCGGCCCCUCCUCGCAGCCACACAGUGGCCCCAGCGACGACGGCCAGAGGCCAGCCACAGCUGUGCCUCCCACCUGUCCGCAGACGACUCCCCAGCCUGAUGACGUCGCCAUCUCUCUCCUGCGGUGAGUUCAGUCACCUUAC